AUGGCGAACCGCUGGCUCGCUGCUGCUCGAAGUUCCGGCUUGAACCCUUUUUCAGCUCCGGCUGAAAAUAGUUCCAAUCCUCCUCUUCUCCUUCCCCCAGACCCUCCAGACCCUUCCCACCCUCUUAAUCUUACUAAUUUCCCCCCUCUUUCUUCUCCUCACUCUCCUUCCUCCCCUCUUUCUCCCCCUUUGGACUCUUCUCUAACUGCUUUUGUUGAGCCGGAGAAUGUAGUCCUUGCCCUUCCUGCUUCUCACUUUUCUAGACCUGUUGUUGUUAAUUCCUCCCUUUCUUCUGACUCAACCUUCUUCCAAGAUGUGGCGGCUGUAAACCUUAAUUCUGGAAUUUUAUCUACAGUACCAAUUAAACUCUCAACUACCCACUCUAAAGGGAUUCUCUCCCAUCCAACCUUACCUUUCUCCUCUCUUGUUGGUAAUACUACUACUUCCUCUUCAGGGUGUGUUGCCCCUGUUUUGAGAUCAGAGGCUACGGCGCAAGUGGUUGCUCAUCAAGUGGCUGCUAGUGUUACUGAAAAUCAGACUCCCGCUGUGAAUGUUUCAUAUCAACCUCCGCUUGUGCCUUCUGUAAAUGCUACAAAUGUGCCUCCGCUAGUAAAUAAAGCAACAAAGACUUGGGCGGAAAAACUAAAAAGAGUUGCUGACCGUUCUUUGGAAAGAUUAGCUCUGAUAGCUUUUUCCCCAGAAGGAAAGCCACAAGUGGCUAUCCCUGACUCUGUGUUCCAAGAAAGAGAUGACCUGCACAAAGACUUCAAUAUAUGUCGAUUUAAAGGGAGGCCUCCAACUUAUACUCAUAUUCAGAAUGUACUAAGCCACCUUUGGGGUAAAGGACAGCGCCUGGAAAUCCACCUUAAUGCUGUUAACCACUCAAUGCUCGUCAGGAUCCCAAAUGAAUUCAUCCGUAACAAAGUGAUUCAAAAGAAACUGUGGUAUAUUGGUGAAUGUAUGUUCCUUGUUGCCAAAUGGGAUUCCUCAGGAGGUGCCUCUCAAGAUCUUGAUGCUAUCCCAAUUUUGGCACACCUAAAAGGAAUGCCAUUUAACCUAAUGCACCGAAAGGGUAUUAGUUUAGUGGCUGGUCUAAUUGGAGAUCCAAAGGAAAGGGAUGAAUUUACUAUGAACUUGGUUAGCCUAACAGAGGCCCAUGUUAAAGUGGAAGCUAACCUGAACAAUCCCCUUCCUUCUUCUGUUGAAGUCUUUCGGGAUGAUAGGUCCGUCAUUAACAUUGACGUGGUGUACCCAUGGGUUCCUCCUACGUGCUCCAACUGCAAUAUGCUCGGACAUGUCAUAAGGUUCUGUCCCUCGCUCCCCCUACCUUCUGCAACAGCCAGGCCAUCAGGACUAAAGAAAAACACAGAGAAAGAUAAAGGCAAGGGAAAAGCGAGUUGA